CCGAACGCCUUAAAUCCUGCAAUCGAGAAUAAGCCUGGAAAUGGCAGUUUGCCGAUCUGUUCUUUAUUAUUCGCCUUCGGCUUCGCUCCGCCUUGUUUCUAAAUCCACUUCACCCUUCUUCAUCAACCCUCAUAAGUUGUCUAGACUCACCAAGCUGCUAUUUUUAUACCAGAACCCACGGAGGCACUCUCACAGUGCAAUAAUCUCAAGAACUCUGUGCCUAUCCUCUUCUUCCUCCUCUUCGUCUUCCAUGGAAUCUGCUCCAGAAGGUUACAGAAGAAAUGUGGGUAUCUGUCUCAUCAAUCCAUCUAAAAAGAUUUUUGCUGCUUCAAGGCUGGACAUACCAAAUGCUUGGCAAAUGCCUCAGGGAGGUAUAGAUGAGAGUGAAGAUCCUAAAUUUGCAGCCAUUAGGGAAUUAAAAGAGGAGACAGGGAUUAGCUCGGCAGAAGUUCUUACUGAGGAUCUUCAAACUGGGAAGAUGAUUAGUAAUGGUAGACUGCAUGAUGGCUUAUAUAUGUUGGAAGGAAAUCUGAGUUUGAAUUCACCUUGGGCUCUCUUUGGAAGAAAUCGAGAUGUCAACCAAUCAUAUAGUGGUAUCGACAGUUAAGACAUCCAUCCUUCUUUGUUUUAGAGAAACUUUAUCCUGAUUUAUUUUUCAAUGUUUAGUGUGACUCUUUAGUUUGUGAUGCUUGUGAGUAUGUUAAGUAUACAAGAACCUCUUAUCCCUCAAGUAACAAUAGUGACCAUCAAUUCUGAUGUUUGGGGACCUACUCAAAUAGUCUCAUUAUCUAGUAAUUGUUAGUUUGUUACUUUUAUUAAUUGUUGCACUCGUAUGACUUGAGUGAUUUAAUAAAGGCAAAGAGUAAUGUGUUUUCUUGCUUUCAAUCUUUUCAUAAGAUGGUUUGUACUCAAUUUGAUGUUAAGAUAAAAGUUUUGAGAACCGUUAAUGGCACAAGAGUACAUGGAUGGACAUUUUUCUGCUUAUUUGGAAUAUUACAUCAAACUAGUUGUCCUUACACUAGUGCUCAAAAUGGUGUUGCUGAAAGGAAAAAUAGGCAUCUGUCAGAAAGUAGCCAGAUCUCUCAUUUUCAUUAUGAAUCUUCCAAAAAUUUAUUAGAAAGAUGCAAUCUUAGCUGCAAUUUAUCUCAUUAAUAGAAUGCCUCUCAAAACUUUUGCCUUUAAAAGCCCUUUAGAGGUACUGCAAGGGAAAAAUUCUUAUACUGUUCUGUUUGGAUGCACGUGUUUUGUUUAUACUAGGACCUGUGGGAAGCUUGAUCCGAGGGCUCUUAAAUGUGUGUGUUGGGUAUUCUUUCACACAGAAGGGUUACAAAUAUUACCACCCUCCAUCUAGAAAAUACUUUGUCAAUAUGGAUGUUACGUUUAGAGAGACUGAAUCUUACUUCAGUACUGCCCAAUCACCUCUUCAAGGGGAGGACAAUGAGAGAAAAGAGAUGAUGACUAGUCCUAUAACUCUAAAACGUUUUACUCUAGAGGAGACUACUAUGCAGGGGGAGGCUAUUGGUGACCAAAUUAGGUGUUUGAAUAAAUCAAAUUUAAGAAGAUACUCAAGAAAAGACAAAAUAGAAGCAGAAAAAGCCAUUGUGCAGCUUACUUAGUAUCAUGAAUCUUCCUUUUCUCCAUUUGGUGAGUCAUCCCUAAACCUUGAGUCCAUUGAUGAUCUAGAUAAACCAAUCGCCCAAAGAAAAUGAUUUAGAUCUUGCACAAAGUACUCUAUUUCUAACUUUCUCUCUUAUAAUUCUUUGUCUCCAUUCUAUAGAGUCUUUGUCUUAUCUAUUUACUCUGUGUCUAUCCCAUAGGAUUAGAAGGAAGCUCUCAAAGAUUCUAAUUGGAAGAGAGCAAUGAUCAAAGAAAUGAAAGCCUUAUCUAAAAAUGAGACUUGAGAGUUGAUGUCUCUUCCACUA